GAGAGGAGAGGAGAGGAGAGGAGAGGAGAGGAGAGGAGAGGAGAGGAGAGGAGAGGAGAGGAGGGGAGAGGAAAGGAGGACGGGAGAGGAGAGGAGAGGAGGGGAGAGGAAAGGAGGACGGGAGAGGAGAGGAGAGGAGAGGAGAGGAGAGGAGAGGAGAGGAGCCCCUACAUCAGCAGUAGAUUAAACAGGGAUUUUCAGGAAAGUGAUUUAGCAUUGAUUUCCCUGCAACCACAGCCUAACUGCAUUAUGUGGGCAUUAUUGAUAGGCUGAAGUGUCUAUAAUGUACUAUACUGUACUAUAGUAUACUGUACUGUACUGUACUAUAGUGUACUGUACUGUACUAUAAUGUACUGUACUAUACUGUACUAUACUUUACUAUACUAUACUGUACUGUACUAUAAUGUACUAUAGUGUACUAUACUGUACCAUACUGUACUGUACUAUAAUGUACUAUAGUGUACUAUACUGUACUGUACUAUAAUGUACUAUACUGUACUGGAGUGUCAAGAAAACUAGAGUUGUUCUGCUAAUACAUCAGGUUUAACCUCUAAAAGUCUAAGCUGUUGGAGGGGUGGAGGGGGUGGGAUUCUACUAAGUUAACAUGUGGAAUUGUUUUAAGAUGGUCAUACCAUGGAUCAUUUAACUUUUCAUUGUAAUUUUAGGACCCUUGUAGGUAUCAAAAUAAAAUAUAGAAUUUGGCCUUUACUACUAAAGCCUAUAGGAACUCUCUGGAUAACACAUACUUAAAUGGCAAAUCAGACAGUCAAAAAAAUGUAUCACAAUGAAUAACGUUUUUAAGUUUCUGUCCUAUAUCUAGGAGGUGUAAGAAAGUUCAGGAAAUGUUUAAGUUUUUUUGGACACAUACAGUAUUUAACCCCUGUUUUAUGUUGGCACAAAACUACAGUUCCUCCAUACUUCCAUUCAUUUGUUUAACUGGUACCGUGUUACCUUUGGACAAGUCCCGUGACACUUGAGUCGUGGAACACCAUCGUGUUCGUGAAAGUCUCAUCUUUCCAUAGAGUGGUUAUAUUAAUUUUAUAGCCCAAAUGUAUCGGAAGCUACAGACGUUUUCGUGAGAAGACCGAUUUUCGGGAUGUCUCAUGGUCUGACAAACACCUCUCUAGCUCUGUCACCUUUCACCGCAGAUGCUGAAGGCCGACAUUUGCGGAUGCAGUAGAUUGAGACGCAACCCAUGAAAAAAAACAGAUAUAUCUCUAGCUUAAACUGUCAGAUUUUGAUGGACUUUUUUAUUAUACUAAUUGGAUUGAUGUACGGGUGCAUCAAUAGACUCUUAAACUACAUGGAGAAGUCUACUGCGGCCCAUAGGACCUGGGUCUAAAGUAGUGCAUUAUAUAGGGAAUAGGGAGCCAUUCUCUGGUCUAAAGUAGUGCAUUAUAUAGGGAAUAGGGAGCCAUUCUCUGGUCUAAAGUAGUGCGUUAUAUAGGGAAUAGGGAGCCAUUCUCUGGUCUAAAGUAGUGCGUUAUAUAGGGAAUAGGGAGCCUUCUCUGGUCUAAAGUAGUGCGUUAUAUAGGGAAUAGGGUGCCAUUCUCUGGUCUAAAGUAGUGCGUUAUAUAGGGAAUAGGGAGCCAUUCUCUGGUCUAAAGUAGUGCACUAUAUAGGGAAUAGGGUGCCAUUCUCUGGUCUAAAGUAGUGCACUAUAUAGGGAAUAGGGAGCCAUUCUCUGGUCUAAAGUAGUGCGUUAUAUAGGGAAUAGGGUGCCAUUCUCUGGUCUAAAGUAGUGCGUUAUAUAGGGAAUAGGGAGCCAUUCUCUGGUCUAAAGUAGUGCGUUAUAUAGGGAAUAGGGAGCCAUUCUCUGGUCUAAAGUAGUGCGUUAUAUAGGGAAUAGGGUGCCAUUCUCUGGUCUAAAGUAGUGCGUUAUAUAGGGAAUAGGGUGCCAUUCUCUGGUCUAAAGUAGUGCGUUAUAUAGGGAAUAGGGAGCCAUUUGGGACUCAGCCCUGGACACUGUCCUGCCCCCCCUGCAUCAUAACAUUGCAAUACUUCUAUGACCCAUACUAGCCAGUAUAGCUACAGUGAGCUCCAAAAGUAUUGGGACAGUGACACAUUUGUUGUUGUUUUGGCUCUGUACUGCAGCGCUUUGGAUUUGAAAUGAUACAACUUUUUGAGUGAGAAAGUUAUUGUAAUGGUGAGUGUUUAGCAUGUCUGGCGGGGGGAUAUAAUAUUUGUGUGUCUGUAACUUUAUUUUAUUUUAUUUUAUUUUCCCCCCCACCUUUAUUUAACCAGGUAGGCCAGUUGAGAACAAGUUCUCAUUUACAACUGCGACCUGGCCAAGAUAAAGCAAAGCAGUGCGAUAAAAACAACAACACAGAGUUACAUAUGGGGUAAAACAAAACAUACAGUCAAAAAAUACAACAGAAAAUAUAUAUACAGUGUGUGCAAAUGUAGCAAGUUAUGGAGGUAAGGCAAUAAAUAGGCUAUAGUGCAAAAUAAUUACAAUUAGUAUUAACACUGGAAUGCUAGAUGUGCAAGAGAUUAUGUGCAAAUAGAGAUACUGGGGUGCAAAAGAGCAAAAUAAAUAACAAUAUAGGGAUGAGGUAGUUGGGUGGGCUAAUUUCAGAUGGGCUGUGUACAGGUGCAGUGAUCGGUAAGGUGCUCUGACAACUGAUGCUUAAAGUUAUUGAGGGAGAUAAGAGUCUCCAGCUUCAGAGAUUUUUGCAAUUUGUUCCAGUCAUUGGCAGCAGAGAACUGGCAGGAAUGGCGGCCAAAGGAGGUGUUGGCUUUGGGAAUGACCAGUGAGAUAUACCUGCUGGAGCGCAGACUACGGGUGGGUGCUGCUAUGGUGACCAAUGAGCUAAGAUAAGGCGGGGAUUUGCCUAGCAGUGAUUUAUAGAUGGCCUGGAGCCAGUGGGUUUGACGACAAACAUGUAGUGAGGACCAGCCAACAAGAGCGUACAGGUCACAGUGGUGGGUAGUGUAUGGGGCUUUGGAGACAAAACGGAUGGCACUAUGAUAGACUACAUCCAAUUUGCUGAGUAGAGUGUUGGAGGCUAUUUUGUAAAUGACAUCGCCGAAGUCAAGGAUCGGUAGGGUAGUCAGUUUUACGAGGGCAUGUUUGGCAGCAUGAGUGAAGGAGGCUUUGUUGCGAAAUAGGAAGCCGAUUCUAUAUUUAACUUUGGAUUGGAGAUUCUUAAUGUGAGUCUGGAAGGAGAGUUUACAGUCUAACCAGACACCUAGGUAUUUGUAGUUGUCCACAUACUCACUCUAGGUCAGACCCGUCGAGAGUGGUGAUUCUAGUCGGGUGGGCGGGUGCCAGCAGCGUUCGAUUGAAGAGCAUGCAUUUAGUUUUACUAGUGUUUAAGAGCAGUUGGAGGCUACUGAAGGAGUGUUGUAUGGCAUUGAAGCUCGUUUGGAGGUUUGUUAACACAGUGUCCAAUGAAGGGCCAGAUGUAUACAAAAUGGUGUCGUCCGCAUAGAGGUGGAUCUGAGAGUCACCAGCAGCAAGAGCGACAUCAUUGAUAUACACGGAGAAAAGUGUCGGCCCAAGAAUUGAACCCUGUGGCACCCCCAUAGAGACUGCCAUAGGUCCAGACAACAGGCCCUCCGAUUUGACACAUUGAACUCUAUCUGAGAAGUAGUUGGUGAACCAGGCGAGGCAGUCAUUUGAGAAACCAAGACUAUUUAGUCUGCCAAUAAGAAUGCGGUGGUUGACCGAGUCGAAAGCCUUGGCCAGGUCGAUGAAGACGGCUGCACAGUACUGUCUAUUAUCAAUCGCGGUUAUAAUAUCGUUUAGGACCUUGAGCGUGGCUGAAGUGCACCCAUGACCAGCUCGGAAACCGGAUUGCAUAGCGGAGAAGGUACGGUGGUAUUCGAAAUGGUCGGUGAUCUGUUUCUCACUCAUCAUUAUUCACGAUUCAUUCAAGACUAUCCGCAAUCACGGUAGCGUCCACAUUAAUGUAGAAGAGUUUAGAAACAUAUUCAAUUAUUUUUCCCAAUAACCCAGAAUUACUCCAAAAUGACACAAUACAUUAUUAACCAUUCAUUUCUAUUGGGCACAAAAUAAUCUGAACCAACCAAAAGAAAAACAGCAAAUGCAUCCAACAAAAUUGUAGAGUCAGAGUGGCAAAUCAGACAGUCAAAAAAAUGUAUCACAAUGAAUAACUUUUUAAGUUUCUGUCCUAUAUCUAGGAGGUGUAAGAAAGUUCAGGAAAUGUUUACGUUUUUUGGACACAUCCAGUAUUUAACCCCUGUUUUAUGUUGGCACAAAACUACAGUUCCUCCAUACUUCCAUUCAUUUGUUUAACUGGUACCGUGUUACCUUUGGACAAGUCCCGUGACACUUGAGUCCUGGAACACCAUCGUGUUCGUGAAAGUCUCAUCUUUCCAUAGAGUGGUUAUAUUAAUUUUAUAGCCCAAAUGUAUCGGAAGCUACAGACGUUUUCGUGAGAAGACCGAUUUUCGGGAUGUCUCAUGGUCUGACAAACACCUCUCUAGCUCUGUCACCUUUCACCGCAGAUGCUGAAGGCCGACAUUUGCGGAUGCAGUAGAUUGAGACGUAACCCAUGCAAAAAAAAAACAUAUAUCUCUAGCUUAAACUGUCAGAUUUUGAUGGACUUUUUUAUUAUACUAAUUGGAUUGAUGUACGGGUGCAUCAAUAGACUCUUAAACUACGUGGAGAAGUCUACUGCGGCCCAUAGGACCUUGGUCUAAAGUAGUGCGUUAUAUAUGGAAUAGGGUGCCAUUCUCUGGUCUAAAGUAGUGCAUUAUAUAGGGAAUAGGGAGCCAUUCUCUGGUCUAAAGUAGUGCAUUAUAUAGGGAAUAGGGUGCCAUUCUCUGGUCUAAAGUAGUGCACUAUAUAGGGAAUAGGGUGCCAUUCUCUGGUCUAAAGUAGUGCACUAUAUAGGGAAUAGGGUGCCAUUCUCUGGUCUAAAGUAGUGCGUUAUAUAGGGAAUAGGGUGCCAUUCUCUGGUCUAAAGUAGUGCAUUAUAUAGGGAAUAGGGUGCCAUUCUCUGGUCUAAAGUAGUGCACUAUAUAGGGAAUAGGGUGCCAUUCUCUGGUCUAAAGUAGUGCGUUAUAUAGGGAAUAGGGUGCCAUUCUCUCGUCUAAAGUAGUGCGUUAUAUAGGGAAUAGGGUGCCAUUCUCUGGUCUAAAGUAGUGCAUUAUAUAGGGAAUAGGGUGCCAUUCUCUGGUCUAAAGUAGUGCAUUAUAUAGGGAAUAGGGAGCCAUUUGGGACUCAGCCCUGGACACUGUCCUGCCCCCCCUGCAUCAUAACAUUGCAAUACUUCUAUGACCCAUACUAGCCAGUAUAGCUACAGUGAGCCCCAACAGUAUUGGGACAGUGACACAUUUGUUGUUGUUUUGGCUCUGUACUGCAGCGCUUUGGAUUUGAAAUGAUACCACUUUUUGAGUGAGAAAGUUAUUGUAAUGGUGAGUGUUUAGCAUGUCUGGCGAGGGGGUAUAAUAUUUGUGUGUCUGUAACUUUAUUUUAUUUUCCCCCCACCUUUAUUUAACCAGGUAGGCCAGUUGAGAACAAGUUCUCAUUUACAACUGCGACCUGGCCAAGAUAAAGCAAAGCAGUGCGAUAAAAACAACAACACAGAGUUACAUAUAGGGUAAAACAAAACAUAAAGUCAAAAAAAUACAACAUAAAAUAUAUAUACAGUGUGUGCAAAUGUAGCAAGUUAUGGAGGUAAGGCAAUAAAUAGGCUAUAGUGCAAAACAGUUACAAUUAGUAUUAACACUGGAAUGCUAGAUGUGCAAGAGAUUAUGUGCAAAUAGAGAUACUGGGGUGCAAAUGAGCAAAAUAAAUAACAAUAUAGGGAUGAGGUAGUUGGGUGGGCUAAUUUCAGAUGGGCUGUGUACAGGUGCAGUGAUCGGUAAGGUGCUCUGACAACUGAUGCUUAAAGUUAGUGAGGGAGAUAAGAGUCUCCAGCUUCAAGAUUUUUGCAAUUAGUUCCAGUCAUUGGCAGCAGAGAACUGGAAGGAAUGGCGGCCAAAGGAGGUGUUGGCUUUGGGAAUGACCAGUGAGAUAUACCUGCUGGAGCGCAGACUACGGGUGGGUGCUGCUAUGGUGACCAAUGAGCUAAGAUAAGGCGGGGAUUUGCCUAGCAGUGAUUUAUAGAUGGCCUGGAGCCAGUGGGUUUGACGACGAACAUGUAGUGAGGACCAGCCAACAAGAGCGUACAGGUCACAGUGGUGGGUAGUAUAUGGGGCUUUGGAGACAAAACGGAUGGCACUGUGAUAGACUACAUCCAAUUUGCUGAGUAGAGUGUUGAAGGCUAUUUUGUAAAUGACAUCGCCGAAGUCAAGGAUCGGUAGGAUAGUCAGUUUUACGAGGGCAUGUUUGGCAGCAUGAGUGAAGGAGGCUUUGUUGCGAAAUAGGAAGCCGAUUCUAGAUUUAACUUUGGAUUGGAGAUUCUUAAUGUGAGUCUGGAAGGAGAGUUUACAGUCUAACCAGACACCUAGGUAUUUGUAGUUGUCCACAUACUCUAGGUCAGACCCGUCGAGAGUGGUGAUUCUAGUCGGGUGGGCGGGUGCCAGCAGCGUUCGAUUGAAGAGCAUGCAUUUAGUUUUACUAGUGUUUAAGAGCAGUUGGAGGCUACUGAAGGAGUGUUGUAUGGCAUUGAAGCUCGUUUGGAGGUUUGUUAACACAGUGUCCAAUGAAGGGCCAGAUGUAUACAAAAUGGUGUCGUCUGCGUAGAGGUGGAUCUGAGAGUCACCAGCAGCAAGAGCGACAUCAUUGAUAUACACAGAGAAAAGAGUCGGCCCAAGAAUUGAACCCUGUGGCACCCCCAUAGAGACUGCCAUAGGUCCAGACAACAGGCCCUCCGAUUUGACACACUGAACUCUAUCUGAGAAGUAGUUGGUGAACCAGGCGAGGCAGUCAUUUGAGAAACCAAGGCUAUUUAGUCUGCCAAUAAGAAUGCGGUGGUUGACAGAGUCGAAAGCCUUGGCCAAGUCGAUGAAGACGGCUGCACAGUACUGUCUAUUAUCAAUCGCGGUUAUAAUAUCGUUUAGGACCUUGAGCGUGGCUGAAGUGCACCCAUGACCAGCUCGGAAACCGGAUUGCAUAGCGGAGAAGGUAUGGUGGUAUUCGAAAUGGUCGGUGAUCUGUUUCUCACUCAUCAUUAUUCACGAUUCAUUCAAGACUAUCCAUAACCACGGUAGCAUCCACAUUAAUGUAGAAGAGUUUAGAAACAUGUUCUAUUAUUUUUCACAAUAACCCAAAAUUACUCAAAAAUGACACAAUACAUUAUUUACCAUUCAUUUCUAUUGGGCACAAAAUAAUCUGAAACACAACCGAAACAAAACAGCAAAUGCAUCCAACAAGUUUGUAGAGUCAAACACAUGAUGUAGUCAUUGCCUGCUAGGAAUAUGGGACCAAAUACUAAACUUUAGACUACUUUAAUACACAUAUAAGUGAACUUGUCCCAAUACUUUCGGUCCCCUAAAACAUACAAAAAGUGCUGUAAUUUCUAAACGGUUCACCGGAUAUGGAUGAAAAUUUAAUGUGAUUUGGAAGGAGUCAGUCGCAUAACCUCUCACAUAAUACGUUGCAUGGACUCACUCUGUGGGUAAUAAUAGUGUUUAGCAAAAAUGUGGCAAAGAAAUUAACUUUAUGUCCUGAAUACAAAACGUUAUGUUUGGGACAAAUCCAACACAACAACACAUCACUGAGUACCACUAUUCAUGUUUUCAAACAUGGUGGUGGCUGCAUCAUGUUAUGGGUAUUGCUUGUAAUCAUUAAGGACUGGGGAGUUUUCCAGGAUAAAAAAAAGAAAUGGAAUGGAGCUAAGAACAGGCAAAAUCCUAGAGGAAAACCUGGUUCCGUCUGCUUUCCACCAGACACUGAGAGAUGAAUUCACCUUUCAGCAGGACAAUAACCUAAAACACAAGGCCAAAUAUACACUGGAGUUGCUUACCAAGAAGACAGUGAAUGUUCCCGAGUGGGCGAGUUACAGUUUUGACUUAAAUUGGCUUGAAAAUCUAUGGCAAGACUUGAAAAUGGCUGUCUAGCAAUGAUCAACAACCAACUUAACAGAGCUUGAAGAAUUUUAAAAAGAAUAAUGUGCAAAUAUUGUACAAUCCAGGUGUGAAAGCUCUUAGAGACUUACCCAGAAAAACUCACAGCUUUAAACGCUGCCAAAGGUGAUUCUAACGUGUUGACUCAGGGGUGUGUAAAUUAUAUAAUUCUGUAUUUCAUUUUCAAAAAUGUCUAUAAACAUGUUUUGACUUUGUCACUGUGGGGUAUUGUGUGUAGACGGGUGAGAAAAACAACAUUUAAUUUUUAUUUUGAAUUCAGGCUGUAACACAACAAAAUAUGGAAUAAGUCCAGGGGUAUGAAUACUUUCCGAAGGCACUGUACAUUUCAUUGACUUGAAUUACAGUAUAUUAUUCCAGUGUGAAUCACCAAAAAAAAAAACCUGUUAAACUCAGUUAUUAAUGCAUCUUAAAUCCAAUCGGUGUUGACUGGCCUCUGGUCCAUGUGGCUGAGAGGGGCGGGGCAGGCAGACUAGCAGCAGCAGCAGCAGAAAUAGCAGGCUGACAGAUUGGAGCAGGAGUGGGCUGCAGUAGUAGGUUGUUGGGGGGAUGAUGUAGCAGGACUGCGUUACGCGGUUGAAUAAACAGCUUCGUCUUCUUGGGACUGACUGAUUCUGCUGAGUACGUUGCCUAUUGGCUCCGUGACGAGGGUCCUCUGACUGCCCUCUCCUCUCGCCCUCUCCGUUCCUCUCCUCUCCGUUCCUCUCCUCUCCGUUCCUCUCCUCCCGUGACGACGGUACAGGAUUCACUCACUCCUCCGACUGCCCUCUGCUCUCUGUUCCUCUCCUCUCCGUUCCUCUCCUCCCGUGACGACGGUACAGGAUUCACUCACUCCUCCGACUGCCCUCUGCUCUCUGUUCCUCUCCUCUCCGUUCCUCUCCUCCCAUGACGAGGGUACAGGAUUAACUCAGUCCUCUGACUGCCCUCUCCUCGUCUCCAUUCCUCUCUUCUCCUCCUCUCCGUUCCUCUCCUCCCGUGACGAGGGUACAGGAUUAACUCAGUCCUCUGACUACAGACUAGACCCUGUCCUCUUCAACUCAUCGGACUGAUUGGAAGGUACAGUACAUGUAUGAAUAUGAGUGCCUAUUCGGUGUAAUGUCUUGUCUAGGUUAGAUGGUUGGGUGGUAAACAUACGGUAAGUAGCCAGUCUGGCCGGCCAGGGAAUGCAUUGCAGUGUGUGUUCAUCAUAUUUCAGAGAGAGAGAGAGAGAGAGAGAGAGAGAGAGAGAGAGAGAGAAGAGAAGAGAGAAGAUAGCGCUCUAUGAUCGCUCGGCAGUCGUUAGAGACGAUAUCUCGAGCGAGCUUAGACCGAGAGAGCUCCUCUCUCUCUCGCUCUCUCUCUCGCUCUCUCUCUCUCCUCUCCUCUCUCUCCUCUCUCCUCUCUCUCUCUCUCGCUCUCUCUCUCUCUCUCUCGCUCUCCUCGCUCUCUCGCUCUCUCUCUCGCUCUCGGCUCUCUCUCUCGCGCUCUCUCUCCCCCUCUCGCUCUCGUCUCUUCUCUCUCUCUCGUCUCUCGUCUCUCUCUCUCCUCGCUCUCUCUCUCUCCUCUCUCUCCUCUCUGCUGCAGCUCUCUCCACCCGAUCGUCUUGAUUCCUUAUGUCUGUUCUGCUCUUGUCAACGGAGAUAAUGUGAUAACUGCAAAGUAUUGGAAGUUUGUGUGUGGGUUGUUUGUGGUAGGUAUCUAUACAAUAGGCCUCUACAACGUCUAUACCUAGUAGGUAACAGUCAGACAUCUCCUUCCUUUACUGAACCCCACAUCAGACAGCUUCCUUCCUCUAACUGAAACCCAACAUUCAGACAUCCUUCCUUCCUCUACUGAAACCCAACAGUCAGACAUCUUCCUUCCUCUACUGAAACCCAACAGUCAGACAGCUUCCUUCCUCUACUGAAACCCAACAUUCAGACAUCUUCCUUCCUCUACUGAAACCCAACAGUCAGACAUCUUCCUUCCUCUACUGAAACCCAACAUUCAGACAGCUUCCUUCCUCUACUGAAACCCAACAGUCAGACAUCUUCCUUCCUCUACUGAAACCCAACAUUCAGACAGCUUCCUUCCUCUACUGAAACCCAACAGUCAGACAUCUUCCUUCCUCUACUGAAACCCAACAGUCGGACAUCUUCCUUCCUCUACUGAAACCCAACAGUCAGACAGCUUCCUCUAUUCAGGCUGUCAGAUGAAAAACACAUUAUAGGGAUUCCUCUCCUGCAUAAUGUAUAGCCAGGCUGUGAUUGGUUAAUAUCUGGUUGGCAACAGCAGCAGACUAGUUCCUCCUGCUUCUCAUGCUGCCAGCCAUGUGUGUGGUGUGGAUAUGUGUAUAUGUGGUGUGUGUGUGUGUGGUGUGUGUGUAUGGGUGGUGUGUGUGUGGUAUGUGUGUAUAUGUGCUGUGUGUGGUGUGUGUGUGUGCUGUGUGUGUGCUGUGUGUGUGUGCUGUGUGGUGUGUGUGCUGUGUGUGUGUGUGUGUGUGUGUGUGUGUGUGUGCUGUGUGUGCUGUGUGUAUGGUGUGUGUGUGUGUGUGUGUGUGUGUGUGUGUGUGUGUGUGUGUGUGUGUGUUCGUUAUGCCACUGUGCUUCUCUCUGCUGCAGCAUCAACAGUACUGCUGUCACCAUGGCAACAGGGAGGGCUCUGACCCCCCGGAGUGUAGUAACCAUAGUAACAAUGUACAGGCUGCAGGCGUGACCUGGAUUCCACACUACGACUGUUGUUCUACCGUUUUAAUGCCAUUCAAACUAGUGUGUUAGUAGUUAUUGUGCUAUAGCUAGGGACUAUGUUUUGGUUAAUCAUGUCAUAUGACCUGGAUUUUAAAAUGUAUUAAAUAAAAAUAAAUGAAGCAGUUGACUGAGGAUGGAGCUGGACCAUCUGACAUGAAAAGAAAAGGGGACAGUUUGAUGAAAAAGCUUUAAAUAAAGGUUCAAAUUCAGGUCAUGUGACAGGAUCAACCAAAACACAAGCGCCUACCUAUACCCCAUUCACACUGCCACUGUACCGUUAUGAUAACCCCCAUUCACACUGCCACUGUACUGUUAUGAUAACCCCCAUUCACACUGCCACUGUACUGUUAUGAUAACCCCCAUUCACACUGCCACUGUACUGUUAUGAUAACCCCCCAUUCACACUGCCACUGUACCGUUAUGAUAACCCCCAUUCACACUGCCACUGUACCGUUACGAUAACCCCCAUUCACACUGCCACUGUACCGUUACGAUAACCCCCAUUCACACUGCCACUGUACUGUUAUGAUAACCCCCAUUCACACUUCCCCAUUCACUCUACUGGUUAGUUAUUCUACUGUUAGUGUGUACAGUGGCUUGCGAAAGUAUUCACCCCCUUGGCAUUUUUCCUAUUUUGUUGCCUUACAACCUGGAAUUAAAAUAUAUUUUUGGGGGGUUUGUAUCAUUUGAUUUACACAACAUGCCUGCCAUACUUUUUCUUGUGAAACAAACAAGAAAUAAGACAAAAAACAGAAAACUUGAGCGUGCAUAACUAUUCACCUCCCCCAAAGUCAAUACUUUGUAGAGCCACCUUUUGCAGCAAUUACAGCUGCAAGUCUCUAGCCACUGGGAUUUUUGCCCAUUCUUCAAGGCAAAACUGCUCCAGCUCCUUCAAGUUGGAUGGGUUCCGCUGGUGUACAGCAAUCUUUAAGUCAUACCACAGAUUCUCAAUUGGAUUGCGGUCUGGGCUAUGACUAGGCCAUUCCAAGACAUUUUAAUGUUUUCCCUUAAACCACUCAAGUGUUGCUUUAGCAGUAUGCUUAGGGUCAUUGUCCUGCUGGAAGGUGAACCUCCAUCCCAGUCUCAAAUCUCUGGAAGACUGAAACAGGUUUCCCUCAAGAAUUUCCCCAUCCAUCAUUCCUUCAAUUCUGACAAGUUUCCCAGUCCCUGCCGAUGAAAAACAUCCCCACAGCAUGAUGCUGCCACCACCAUGCUUCACUGUGGGGAUGGUGUUCUCGGGGUGAUGAGAGGUGUUGGGUUUGCCCCAGACAUAGUGUUUUCCUUGAUGGCCAAAAAGCUCAAUUUUAGUCUCAUCUGAUCAGAGUACCUUCUUCCAUAUGUUUGGGAAGUCUCCCACAUGCCUUUUGGCAAACACCAAACGUGUUUGCUUAUUUUUUUCUUUAAGCAAUGGCUUUUUUCUGGCCACUCUCCCGUAAAGCCCAGCUCUGUGGAGUGUACGGCUUAAAGUGGUCCUAUGGACAGAUACUCCAAUCUCCGAUGUGGAGCUUUGCAGCUCCUUCAGGGUUAUCUUUAGUUUCUUUGUUGCCUCUCUGAUUAAUGCCCUCCUUGCCUGGUCUGGUAGUUUUGGUGGGCUGCCCUCUCUUGGCAGGUUUGUUGUGGUGCCAUAUUCUUUCCAUUUUUUAAUAAUGGAUUUAAUGGUGGUCUGUGGGAUGUUCAAAGUUUCUGAUAUUUUGUUACAACCCAACCUGAUCUGUACUUCUCCACAACUUUGUCCCUGACCUGUUUGGAGAGCUCCUUGGUCUUCAUGGUGCCGCUUGCUUGGUGGUGCCCCUUGCUUAGUGGUGUUGCAGACUCUGGGGCCUUUCAGAACAGGUGUAUAUGUACUGAGAUCAUGUGACAGAUCAUGUGACACUUAGAUUGCACACAGGUGGACUUUAUUUAACUAAUUAUGUGACCACUUUUCCGUUAUUUGUUUUUUCGAAUUUUUUAAACCAGUUAUAUUUUUCAUUUCACUUCACCAAUUUGGACUAUUUUGUGAAUGUCCAUUACAUGAAAUCCAAAUAAAAAUAUAUUUAAAUUACAGGUUGUAAUGCAACAAAAUAGGAAAAACGCCAAGGGGGAUGAAUACUUUUGCAAGGCUCUGUAUAGUCCCCAUUCACUCUACUGGUUAGUUAGCGGAACUGCUUUCUAGUAUUGCAUGGCUUCUAUUUAACCUCUAAGGGAUCAGUGUCCCGUAUACUGGACGGUUGAGCUAACGUUCGCUAAUGUGAUUAGCAUGACUGUUGUAAGUAACAGCAAACUUUCCAGGACAUAGACAUGUCUUAUAUGGGCAGAAAGCUUAAAUUCUUGUUAAUCUAACUGCACUGUCCAAUUUACAGUAGCUAUUACAGUGAAAAAAUACCAUGCUAUUGUUUGAGGAGAGUGCACAACAACAAAAAACGUAUCACGGCAACUGGUUUGAUACAUUCAGUAAUCUUGCUCUGAUUUGUCAUCCUAAGGGUCCCAGAGAUAAAAUGUAGCAUAGUUUUGUUUGAUAAAAUCAAUUUUUAUAUUCAAAUGUAGGAACUGGGUCCUACAGUUUGAACCCCUGCUGUCUCUGGCUCCACACCCACCCCGCCCGGCCAUCUAGAUGUGUGAAAGUUAGUGUAUAAGCUAAUGAUCCAUCAUGUAUGACAUUCCUGGGAGUGUGUAAACUUACAUUUUGUAUUACCAUAACAUUUUUGAAUUUUCUCUAUACUAUAGUUAUGUACUUGAAAAUGUAUCAAUUGACCAAUUCCGCACAUUUGGGCAGAUACAAAAUAGUCCAGAAUUGCAAUACUCGAGACCCAUGAGGCAGCGCUCAAUUGGCCCAGCGUCGUCCAGGGUAGGGGAGGGAAUGGCCGGCAGGGAUGUAGCUCAGUUGGUAGAGCAUGGCGUUUGCAACGCCAGGGUUGUGGGUUCGAUUCCCACGGGGGGGCCAGUAUGAAAAAAAAUAAAAAGAAUGUAUGCACUCACUAACUGUAAGUCGCUCUGGAUAAGAGCGUCUGCUAAAUGACUAAAAUGUGAUGUAAAUGUAAUGGAUCAAUCUGAAACUUUGCACACACACUGACAAAUAAAUGUGUAUGAUUUCAGAUCGGUCUUCCUUGGAGAAGGGUGUAAUUGCUGACGGCAAUGAGGGGCGUUUUCUGACAUAGGCUUUUCUUGAUAUCAAGUUACUCCCAUUGAUACUCGCCAUUGAUCUGUGGCCAUUUCUUUCGCGUCGGCAACAACUGUAGCAUUGUAGCUAAGCCUAACCCUAACCCUUUUCCUAACCUUAUCCCCAGUCUCCUAGCCUGCCACGCUAAUCCACCUGACCUCCCACGUUAAUUAUCCUAACCUGGCAUGUUAAUGAUCCUAAUCUGGCAUGUUAAUGAUCCUAACCUGGCAUGUUAAUGAUCCUAACCUGGCAUGUUAAUGAUCCUAACCUGGCACAUGAGUUAUUCUAACCUGCUAUGUAAACAAACCAUCUGUGUCGAGAAACCAUCAGUCUCAUAACACCGGAACUGACCAAUGGCACGUAUAAAUGAGCGUUUCCUGAUAUCAGGGAACACCCACAUCAAGAAACACCCAGAAUUGCGGUCUGAAAUGACACCAAAUUCCUUAAUUCAGACGUUGACUCCAUACUACAGACGUAGUUCCCUGUCAGUCCUCUAGGUUGUGCUGUGUUGUUAACUCAGAGGUCCUCUCCUCUCCUCCCAGUGAUGGAGCAGCAGCGGGGUGCGGGCCCUCCAGGGGGUGUGGUGUCGGGGGUGUGGACCCCGUCCGUCAGGAGGAACAGCAAGCUGGCCAGUCUGGGACAGAUCUUUAAACCAUGGAAAUGGAGGAAAAAGAAGAACGAGAAGAACUCCACAGGUGAGAGACGAGAUGAGACGAGACUAGACGACACGAGACGAGACGACACGAGACGACAUGAGACGAGACAACACGACACGAGACGACACGACACGAGACGAGACGACACGAGACGACACAACACGACACGAGACGAGACGACACGACACGACACGAGACGAGACGACACGAGACGACAUGAGACGAGACAACACGACACGAGACGACACGACACGAGACGAGACAACACGAGACUACAUGAGACGAGACGAGACGAGACGACAUGACAAUAGAUGAGACGAGACGACACGAGACGAGACGAGACGAGAUGACAUGACAAUAGAUGAGACGACAUGACAAUAGAUGAGACGAGACGACACGACACGAGGCGAGACGAGACGAGAUGACAUGACAAUAGAUGAGAUGACAUGACACGAGACGACACGACACGACACGAGACGAGACGAGAUGACAUGACAAUAGAUGAGACGACAUGACACGAGACGAGACGACAUGACACGAGACGAGACGAGAUGACAUGACAAUAGACGAGACGACAUGACACGAGACGAGACUAGACGAGAUGACAUGACAAUAGACGAGACGACAUGACACGACACAACACGACACGAGACGAGACGACACGACACGACACGAGACGAGACGACACGAGACGACAUGAGACGAGACAACACGACACGAGACGACACGACACGAGACGAGACAACACGAGACUACAUGAGACGAGACGAGACGAGACGACAUGACAAUAGAUGAGACGAGACGACACGAGACGAGACGAGACGAGAUGACAUGACAAUAGAUGAGACGACAUGACAAUAGAUGAGACGAGACGACACGACACGAGGCGAGACGAGACGAGACUACAUGAGACGAGACGAGACGAGACGACAUGACAAUAGAUGAGACGAGACGACACGAGACGAGACGAGACGAGAUGACAUGACAAUAGAUGAGACGACAUGACAAUAGAUGAGACGAGACGACACGACACGAGGCGAGACGAGACGAGAUGACAUGACAAUAGAUGAGACGACAUGACACGAGACGACACGACACGACACGAGACGAGACGAGAUGACAUGACAAUAGAUGAGACGACAUGACAGGAGACGAGACGACAUGACACGAGACGAGACGAGACGAGAUGACAUGACAAUAGACGAGACGACAUGACACGAGACGAGACUAGACGAGAUGACAUGACAAUAGACGAGACGACAUGACACGAGACGAGACUAGACGACACAAGACGACACGAGACGACACUUUGAUCACAGAGCCCUAGGUCUCAACAUGACUUCCUGUCCCCCUGUCCCCCCAAAAAAGGUCAAAUAAAGGUUAAAUACAAAAAAUCUAAUCUAAUCUAAAACGACUGAGUGUAAAUUUUUGGUAUGUUACCCCAGAGGGAAUCGAACCCACAACCCUGCCGUUACUCUGUGUGUUUCAGCUUUAGAGAGGAAGACAGCGGCGCAACAGACUCGGGAUGGACUGGCCAAGAGGGGCUUGGAGGGGAUUGAACCAGGUACACACGCACAUGAACACAUACACACACACACAAAUACACACACACAAAUACACACACAGUUUCCAACCCAUUAUAACAAAAUAACAUGUUAUUUUCAUGUGUAUAAAAGUAUGUAAUGUUGCCGCCUUCUGUGUGUGUGUGUGUGUGUGUGUGUGUGUGUGUGUGUGUGUGUGUGUGUGUGUGUGUGUGUGUGUGUGUGUGCAUGCGCGCGUGUGUAGAGUUUUGUGAGGCGUGUGGGGGGGUAGAAGACUCGGACACUCCCAGCCAAUCAGACGCAGAGGAGAGAGAAGAGGAGGAGCCUCUGGCGCCCCUGGCAAACACCUCAGAGGACCUGGUCAGCGAUGAAGACAACCCCUCUACAGGUAGGACCUAUGACCUCUGAACCCUGACCUCUAAUCUCUAGGGUUUUAGCGUAUCAGAGGGCGUGUUCGAGAGCAUCAAAUCUGUGAUGCAUUGUGGGUAAAUUGUGACUGACUGACUGAUCUACAAAUUGUAUAUUUUUAUACAGAUUUGUAUUUAUUAUUCACACAUCCAUUACCCCCUCUCUUCGGAGGACACAUAUCUUUUUUGGUUUUAGAGCUUUUCUGCUCCAUUUACAUAAAUUUGCCAUACAUGGUACUUUUACAUACAACAAUCACAUAACGAUAACACAUUACUGAACAUAAGCUCUUUAAUCCCGCCCCUCAGCCACCCUCAGCCCAUCCCACCUAUCACCAUACACCACCCCUCAGCCACACUCAGCCCAUCCCACCUAUCGCCAUAGACCACCCCUCAGCCACGCUCAGCCCAUCCCACCUAUCGCCAUAGACCACCCCUCAGCCACGCUCAGCCCAUCCCACCUAUCGCCAUAGACCACCCCUCAGCCACGCUCAGCCCAUCCCACCUAUCGCCAUAGACCACCCCUCAGCCACGCUCAGCCCAUCCCACCUAUCGCCAUACACCACCCCUCAGCCACGCUCAGCCCAUCCCACCUAUCGCCAUACACCACCGCUCAGCCACGCUCAGCCCAUCCCACCUAUCGCCAUAGACCACCCCUCAGCCACGCUCAGCCCAUCCCACCUAUCGCCAUAGACCACCCCUCAGCCACGCUCAGCCCAUCCCACCUAUCGCCAUAGACCACCCCUCAGCCACGCUCAGCCCAUCCCACCUAUCGCCAUAGACCACCCCCUCAGCCACGCUCAGCCCAUCCCACCUAUCGCCAUACACCACCCCUCAGCCACGCUCAGCCCAUCCACCUAUCGCCAUAACACCACCGCUCAGCCACGCUCAGCCCAUCCCACCUAUCGCCAUAGACCACCCCUCAGCCACGCUCAGCCCAUCCCACCUAUCGCCAUAGACCACCCCUCAGCCACGCUCAGCCCAUCCCACCUAUCGCCAUAGACCACCCCUCAGCCACGCUCAGCCCAUCCCACCUAUCGCCAUAGACCACCCCUCAGCCACGCUCAGCCCAUCCCACCUAUCGCCAUACACCACCCCUCAGCCACCCCCACCACGCUCAGCCCAUCCCACCUAUCGCCAUACACCACCGCUCAGCCACGCUCAGCCCAUCCCACCUAUCGCCAUAGACCACCCCUCAGCCACGCUCAGCCCAUCCCACCUAUCACCAUACACCACCCCCUCAGCCACGCUCAGCCCAUCCCACCUAUCGCCAUACACCACCCCUCAGCCACGCUCAGCCCAUCCCACCUAUCACCAUACACCACCCCUCAGCCACGCUCAGCCCAUCCCACCUAUCACCAUACACCACCCCUCAGCCACUCUCAGCCCAUCCCACCUAUCGCCAUACACCACCCUCGUUUGGUUUCCAUGUGCCACAUAUUUUUAAAUUGUGCGGUGAUGUUUUACAUAAAAAAUUAUCGCAUAGUAGCCACAGAUUGUGAGCCAAAGAAUAAUAAUAAUAAUAAUGAUGAGUAGCUGAUUAAGAUGCAAGGUGAUUUAUAGAUCAAUCAGUUGGCAUUUGCCUGCAAUGUCGGCUGCAAUGUCGAACAAGUCCAAUGUGCAGGUUGACUGGUUCAGGACUGCAGUGCUGUGCUGUGUGUGACGGAAAGUUCUCUAAACCACCACUGGGGGGCGACACAGAUCGUUGAAGUCAGCUGUGCUCUCUACUGCUUAGCAGCUGAAACACUGCAGUUACACCAUGAAUCAGAUCUAACACAGGUUGCCUCCCAAAUGGCCAGGGCCGGAUUACCGAAUGGGAACGCAGGGCAUGUGCCCCGGGACCUCCGACGUCCAGAAAUGUGGGGUUUGGGGGACCCCUGGAGGUCGGGGGACCCCCACAUAGCAUAUGGUAGCAAAAUGUGUAGAAUUGCAGGACAUUAGCUUUAAAACUGCACCGGGGCCCCAAAUGUGGUAGUCUGGCUCUGCAAAUGGCACCCUAUUCCCUAUGUGCCAGGCCCUGAUUAACAGCAGUGAACCAUAUGGGGAAUAGGGUUGCCAGGCCCUGGUUAACAGCAGUGAACCAUAUGGGGAAUAGGGUUGCCAGGCCCUGAUUAACAGCAGUGAACCAUAUGGGGAAUAGGGUUGCCAGGCCCUGGUUAACAGUAGUGAACCAUAUAGGGAAUAGGGUUGCCAGGCCCUGAUUAACAGUAGUGAACCAUAUAGGGAAUAGGGUUGCCAGGCCCUGAUUAACAGUAGUGAACCAUAUAGGGAAUAGGGUGCCAUUUGAGACCCACAGGGACAGAAUGGGAGCUAACAGUAACCCACAGUAACCCACAGUAACCGAGGUAACCCACAGUAACCAAGGUAACCUGAUCAAGCAGGAUCAAAGAGUUCGACAGAAAACUGUCCUAAAUAUUCUGAACGAACUAUGUAUUUACAACAAAGCACUGUGUUUUUUGAUGUUUGUUGUUGUUGUUUUUGUUGUUGAUGUUGAUGUGUGUUUCAGCUGUUGACCUGACGGAAGACACUUUGACAGUGGCGGAGCAGAGUGAGGAUGGAGGGGAGGAGGACACUGCCCUCUGUGAGCCCUGUGAGGACAGCUCUCUGGUACAGGCUGAGACAGGAGGGGGGCAGGAGACACCUCGCCCCAUGGACUCCCCACCCUGCCGGGACGGCACCCCGCCACCCCCCAACCUGCCCAAACUACUGACCAGGCUGGGCAGUCUAGAGGGUGAGUCCCAAAUCGGCCCCUAGCC